UUGUUUAAUGUUAAAUAUGGAAAACUAUCAUGCAGAUAAAUUAUUUUAUAUUGUAAAUUUAAAUGUCAACUCUGUGGUACAGAGCGGAAUAGAAGAGAUUGAAAAACUUGCUGGCGAAUUAAAUUCAAAUGAAAAUUAUAAAUUUCUAAGUUAUGUCAAAUCAUUUAUUGAUUAUGGAUUAUCAAGACUUGGACUGUCAGUUACUGAUGAAAGAACCCGACAAUCUUAUUACUGUGAAUUGUGGCAUCAUGUCAAUAAAAUACAAGAUAAUUACAAAUCGCUGUCAGAAAAAUUAUUUUACCAACGUAAACUUCACCGAGAAAUCGAAUCGAAAUUAAUGAGCGAGUACUUGAAGAAUGUUAAAGUGUUGAAAGAAUUUAAUGAUAAAUAUAUAAAUGACACAGAAUUUAUAUCAAAUAAAUAUGAACGUAUGCAAGUUAAUGAAUAUAAACAAUCUCUAGCAAGACAAAAUGAUUUAAAUCAAAUUUGUGGGUUUACUAAAAAUAAAACCGAUGCUUUGAUGGCGACGAAUAAAAAAUUAGAGAUGGAAAUCUAUUCUAAAAGGUCUUUUUUUAUUGAUAUAUUUAUUUCUUAUCUAAUAUAUGAAUUUUUCCUUUUAAUUUCUUUGUUAGAAUAAAAGUAAUAUCACAAUUAAUGUCGUUGCUUCAUCGUUAUGACACUGAAAUUGGUGACAAAAAAUGUCAUUUAGAAAAAUUAAAAGCAGAACGUUGUGAUCU